UACCACAGAGAGUAGGCAAGUUGCCAACGGAGCUCGGCAGCGUGACCGCGCUGCAUUGGGUUUCUUUAAUGAAAGCCAGGAAAGAACACAUUACAGAGUGUUUCUUCGGAGAGCUAAGCUAGCCUCCAGUGAUUGAAAUCAAUAAAAACAGUCGGCAAGAGGCCCAGUGGGGGGAGAAUCAAAUCUCCACUCCUGAGUGCCGUUUGCUUUCCACUUUCUCCCUUCCCUUAAAAGUUAAACUUUGAUAAACUACACACUACUUGCAGCACUCCAGAGACUUUUCCUCCCGCCCUCCCGCGGCUUGGCGAGUGGACAGCCGUUUUAAGCUGCCUUCCAGCUUGCCCCUCCGUUCUCUUUCAUGGCGUGCAAAGGAACGGACAGAUUGUUUUGAACGUGAAAACUUGCUAGGAGGACAUCUCUGGACAAGUGCAUUCUCUGGCGCUUCAGGGCGGGAGAGGGAAGGAGGGCAGAGGAUGCAUUCUGUGGCAGGCAAAACGCUGGAGAGGUGAAAGAUGAAGCAAAACAUGGAAUUUUACUCAGCAAAAAGCUCUCUGUCUGGAUAGCAUGUCAGCUGCUGCUGUGGCGAAUUCUGAAUCUGCAGAAGAGAGCCUCGGAGGGAGGGAGUCCACUCCGAAAGCAGAGCAGAACAGCCAUCUGAGAAUUCAUGUACAAUUCAGAGGAUCUCAAGCUCAAUCCUGGAAAUGAGACACUGGAGCCCUGCUGAACUUACCCGGAGAAAGUUCUGAGCUGAGGAGCAAAAUGUUUCUGCCCGCUAUCAGGAAACCUCUGUUCUUCGCUCUGAGGCAAGGUAGUGCUUACCAGAAAAGCUGGUAACCAGCAAAGAAGACACAAACGUCAAGGUCACUAUGUGGAGCUGCGAAGCUUUCAAUGGUACCAAAAACGUAGAGGACCUGCAUCUCUGCCAUGAUUUCCAUCUUGUACUUUCCAUUUUUUCACUGCUCUACCUCAUUAUCUGUUUCCCAGUUGGCCUUUGCUAUAACGCCCUACUGGUCCUGGUCAAUCUGUACAACAAGGCAACGAUGACCAUGCCGGAUGUCUACUUCGUGAACAUCGCAAUUGCUGGCCUCAUCAUCAAUGCGAUUGCACCCAUGUACCUUCUAGGAACUGCUAGUAGCAAAUGGGCCAUCUGGAAUUUCAACAACGAAAUCUAUAUUACCUUGCUGAUCUUAUUCAACGUGUCGUCGUUGGUUAUCAUGUACUCUACUACAUUGCUUAGCUUGGACUAUUACAUUGAACGUGCUUUGCCGAGAACGUACAUGUCCAGUGUAUACAACACAAAGCAUGUCUGUGGAUUUAUCUGGGGAGGAGCUAUGCUAACCAGCUUUUCAUCUCUCCUGUUCUACGUCUGCAAUCACGUAUCCACUAAAAUCAUCGAAUGCUCCAAAAUGCAAAACAAAGAAGCGGCGGACGCCAUCAUGGUUUUUAUUGGAUACGUCGUACCAGCCAUUGCCGUGCUGUAUGCACUUGUGUUAAUUCUGCAAAUACGAAAGGAGGCGACACCACUGGACCAAGACACUGGAAGACUAGAUCCAUCUGUGCACAGGCUUUUGAUUGCUACAGUCUGUGCACAGUUCACAUUAUGGACACCUUAUUACGUAAUUCUUCUAGUAAACACAUUAACUAGCAUGCAAGAAAAAGUUACUGAUGAAAAUUACAUGCGAGUUCUACAUUUUACCAAGGGACUAUCAGAAUUCUUGGCUUUUUCGAGCAGCUUUGUCAUGCCUCUGCUUUACCGAUACAUCAACAAAAACUUUCCGAAUAAACUGCGAAGGCUGCUUAAAAAACUGCACUGUGGGAAUCAACGGUGUUCUCAUGAACGCACAGUUGUUCAGCAAGUUAUAACGUAGGUAUGAAUGAAUGACCCUGGGCCAGUACCAAAUUUGCAGUGGUUCUUCUCCAAGACUCUUUUAUGUGGCCUCAAAGAGAGGUGCCACACGGGGAUGCUAAUAAGGGGGAUUACACUGUAAAUCAGCAGUUCACAGUUUUAACCAAUACAGAUAGGGAAGAUGUUUGGAAAACUCUGUUGAGCAUCUGUCUGAGGGUUAUAAACCUUUGAUUUCCGAGAUGUUCAAUGCACUGAUUCAGUUACGCAGUGUAAGCUUUGUUCUAGUAAUCCUGUCUGGAGAAAAUCACUAGAGGGCCAACUGAAGCUUUGACUGAAUACCCAGCACUUUGUAAUCUUGUAGAGUUAAAAGAGAUAUUUUUACGUUCCAUAUAAAGUAAUAUGGUUUUUGAUUUUACAAAAUAGUGUUAUUUCAAGGUGAGGACAGCACCUUGUCAGUUAAGUUAAUCUCUUAUUACUGAUCAUACUGGUCAAAUUGUGUAACACACUAAACAAUGAAGAAGUUUCAAGGAUUAAAUUACUUUGGUAUUUAAUUGUAUUUUCCCCCUUGUUUUGCAAGAUCGUGAUCGAAAACAGGUUAUCUUAAGCUUGGGUCCCCAGAUGUUGUUGGGCUAUAACUCCCAUCAUCCCCAGCCAUAGCCUUUAUGGCUGAGGAUGAUGGGAGUUGCAACAUCUGGGAACCCAAGGUUAAGAAAGGAGAGUUGUCCUUGUGGUAGCAAGCAUUACUUGUCCCCUUAGCUAAGCAGGGUCCACCCUGGUUGCAUAUGAAUGGGAGAUGAUGUGUGAGCACUGUAAGAUAUUCCCCUUAGGGGAUGGAGCUGCUCUGGGAAGAGCAUCUAGGUUCCCAGUUCCCUCCCUGGCAUCUCCAAGAUAGGGCGGAGAGAAAUUCCUGCCUGCAACCUUGGAGAAGCCGCUGCCAGUCUGUGUAGAAACAAUACUGAGCUAGAUAGACCAAAAGGUCUGACUCGGUAUAUGGCAGUUUCCUAUGUUCCUAAGAAACCCUGAUUUAAAAGAAAUCCUUAUUUGCAAUUCCAAAAACAUUAUUUGCAGACUUACCUUCAUUUUAAUUCAUCAUUGAUUAUUAAUGUUUUUCUACAAAUAACAAUGAACCAAAAAAGCAUGUAUCUUCCUUACUUUGCAACACAAAACAUUUCGCAUAUUAGCUGUAGCCACUUUUACAGUAAUAUUGAUUUACCUAGUAAAAUGAAGGACAGAGGGAUUGACAUUUUUAAGGUGAAUUUUUUAAGGUUUAAAAAUUAUACAUGGUUAAAGAGUUAUGGUCCACAAAUGUUCAUGCCCUGCUUGUGGGCUUCCCAGAUGUAUCUGGUUGGCCAUUCUGGAAAACAGGAUGCUGGGCUUGAUAGGCCUUUCAUCUGAUGCCUCAAGGCCCUUCUUAUGUGCUUACACCACCUACAGUAUUUUAAUGAAUGAAUAAACGUGCUUUGGAGUAGCAUUUUCAAGGUAUUACAACUAUAAUGGAAAUAAACAACGUUAAACGUUGACAAAAAUGCAAGCUUUAUGAUCCAAGUGCUGAAUGACAGGCGAGAGGGAAGAGAAGCAAGCGGUGGUUUCUCACUAGCUUGUGGUGGAGGGGAGCCGAUAUUAACCUUGUUAUACCACAUAACUUCACAUGAACACAUAGUUGCUGAAGUGUGUUUGGGGGCCAUGAUUCUGGUCACUGUAGCACUAGCUUUUUGCCCCAGAUUUUGUACCCGCCCCUGCUCAUAUAGCGCGGCGACUCUUACACCUUUUUGUCAAAAGCAAGAACUGGCUGGUAUAAAUACCCAACCUGGGAUCCAAGGGGCCACACACAUGGUGUUUCCCCCACCCCAUUACACACAGAGACCCCCUUCAUUCUACUGCGGCUCUGUGGCCUCCAUUGCCCACAGAAAGGCUGCUCUUGAAGGUCAAGGAGCCCUCUGCAGCAGCAUUCAAUGAAGCAUAAGGGGUGGCAGAUGGAAGGGGGGAACUGGCAAGCCUUCUGUGAGCAGACCCUCCUCUGGCAUGUAGAGGAGGCUCUCCACUGCCAUUACAAUGAACAAUAAACGUUGGGCAGUUUUAAUCUCAUGACAAACUUUGUCUUUGCUACACACACAGACGCAGCACUGUACAAGAAUUCAGCAACUGAAGUGCCAGAUUUAGCUAAGAAUAUACAUAAAUAAUUCCUCUUUGUUUCUUCAUGCCCCAGUUCUGAUUCACCUAUAGUCAUGUAGCUAGUUUUCUCAGGAACAUCCUGAGUUACAUUUCAGAUGGCUGCUUCAGUAAUUUAUUGAAUGCAUAUUUAAAUUAUAUGUGGUUUUCUUCAGCUUUCUUUAAUAUACAUAACCUUCUUGCAGCUUGUCCACAUAAUCCAGCAAGAUCAUAUCAACAUACUUUGCAGGUGCACUUUCAGGCCAUGUAUCAUUGGCAGAAAUUGGAUGAAUGUACCAUCACAAUAUUAUUCUCUCCUCACCCAUUACUUCCUAAAUCUCUUUAUGUUAUGUUACAUUACACUGAUCCCCCCUCCCAUGUUUCAUCUCUGGGUGGCUUGUGUUUUCAACCCAUCAGUCAAUCAAUCAAAUCAAAAUUUAUUACGGCCAAUAAAUAUUGGCCAUUUAUUAUGGCCAUUAAUAAAUAGUUAUCUACUAUGACCCAUAGUAGGAGUACAAUAAUACAGGAGGACCUCAUUACUCAUGAAUCCAGCAUCCGUGGUUUUGCGUAUCGGUGGUCAGGUAAUUGGCACCUGACCUCGGUGUACAUGAGAAAAAUGGAGGAGAGUUAAAUCUGCAUAUCCAUGGGUCAGGGGUGGCCAGAAAUGACCUCCAAGGUCAUUUCUGGAUGCCUUUUUGAGCAGCGGAGCCAUUUUGUGGCUCUUUCCAAAGGGGGGAAAUGCUUUAAAAUCACAAUUUUGUACACAUCUUCAAAAUGCUUUUGGCAUUUCCUACACACCUUCAAAAUUCCUUUGCAUCACUACAGCCGAAGCAUGUUUUAAUAUUAGUAUUAGUAAGAGGAGUGCGGUUUCCCCUGUGUUCUACCACUCACUAACACUUUCAUUCAACAAUAAAAAGGCACAGGAAGCACCCAUUAUUUUCCACCUUUAAAUUCUUCUCCAACCGCUCCAAUUUUCUUCACGCUCCACAAAAUUAUCUGCUUUAAAGGGGAUUUCCAAUACUAUUUUUCACAGCUCUCGCUCGACUGGCUGUGCAAUGUCAUUUCCCAGCAUGUUUGGAUUAUAGAGAGUGCUUUACACCUUCUUUGCAAAGCGAGAAUCAACAUAAUUCAUUGCUGAAUAUGACAUUUGGUUAUGCCACAACAUACACAGCUCCCAACAAUCCUCCCUCAGAUGGAGCCAUUAUGCGUGGAGCUAGCCGUUAUGAUGGAGCUAGCUGCGUGUCUGCAGAAAGGGCAGUACAGCCCCUCUUUCUGGGGGUUGAACUCUCAAAGGGUGAGGCUGGAAUUUGGACUAGGAAGCAUCCUAGUACGCACAGAGCUCUCUUGGGUGCACAAAGGAGCAAAGGCAUGCAGCUUUGGUCCCUAUGACUGGCAGGCAGUAUUGAAUGGCCAGACCUGGCAUCAAAAUUAGGAGCAGGGGUGCAGCUAUAAUUCAGCAGAUGGGUUCAAAGAACCCGGAUCCCCAAGCUCCUGAGGGCUCCCCAGCUCCUCCCCUCCCUAUCUUCUUCAUUAUCUUCCUCACUCUGAGGAGCCACCAGAGAGCGGGAUGAGCACAGGCUUCUUCUCCCCUAGCUACGCCCGUGAUUAGGAGCCUGGCGUUCUGUUCUUGCCUAGUCAGUCAACAAAGCUGCAUCUCCUGCCUGCUACAAUUUAGGCUCCAGCUCAAGUCGACUGCUGGAAAACAGAGACCCUGUCUGUCCUGCAUGCCAUUCCAGGUCUGGAUGGACUUAGGUACAGCUAACCACAGCUUUGGCCUAGUCCUGAGAUACACUUCUCGGAGAAGACACGCGUGCCAGCUACUUACCUUACUUUACCGCCAUAAGUGCGUGAGCAAGAUAAUUUAAGGGCCAUUGCUCUUUUAUACUUUUCCUACUACACAAAAUCCAUUACUGAAGUACGACGGGAAAGGAUUUUUAAGGCAGUGGUGUGUGACAUGGAGAGUUCACAAAAAUACAGGAUAAUAUUUCACAAUUCUUCUCAUUUUAAGUUUGUAGACUCAGACAUCAAAUCCACUUAGGCUACGUUUACUGCCUUUUCUAGGCAAACAAUGAAUGGUUAGACUGUCUUAAUAAAAUCAAGGAAGCAGAGAUUGCACAAGUUGAGGUACUGUAAUCUUGCUGUUCUUACAUGCUGUUUCAGUCCAACGCAGACAUGACACGAGUCCCAACUUUUAAAAAGCAUGUGCAAGGCAGCUUACAGAGAGAUCAGUCGUGAAAUAACCUUUCUAUUGCCUUAUUCUUUCCUGUCAAGAGGGAACUCCUUCUCUCAGCAGGGCAAUAUUUAACCCACUAUUUCUGUUCUGUGAAUGUUGCCAGGUGUUCUCUGAAAACCACAGGGAAUCUUAAGUGCAGUGAAAACAAACUGGUACUGGAACAAUUUCCUUCUUAAAUUCCAACAAGCAUCUUAAUUUGCAGAAGACAGAAGAUUAAUUUAGGUUGUCACUCACAGAAUUCCCUGCUUCAGAAAACCAAUGCCCACAUUAUUUAGGUACCAGCUUCAAUCUAUUAUUGUUGGGGUUCUGAAGCUUGGGUCCCCAAAUGUUGUUGGACUACAGCUCCCAGCAUCCCCAGCCACAUGGUGUAGUAGUUAGAGUGUUGGAUGAGGACCGGGAAGACCCGAGUUUGAAUCCCCAUUCAACCAUGAAACUCACUGGGUGACUCUGGACCAGUCAUGUGUGUCUCAGCCUAACCUACCUCACAGGGUUAUUGUGAGGAUAAAAAUAACCAUGUACACUCUGAGCUCCUUGGAGAAAGAGUGGGAUAUAAGCGUAAAAAUAAAAAAUAAACAAAACAAACAACAAUGGCCAAAGCCCAUCAUGGCUGAGGAUGUUGGCAGCUGUAGUCCAACAAUAUAUUCACGUUUGAGAAUCCCUAGAGUAUGUGAUUUUGGAUUUUCCUGCUUUGUUUUGUUCUCUCUUGCUUAAAGAACCAUGCCCAGCACAGUCCUAAGUAUGUUUACUAAGAAGUCAGUCCCACUGAGUGCAGUGGGGUUUACUCCGUAGUAAGCAUUCAUAGGAUUGCAGCCUAUUUGUCCUAGACACAAGCUUUGAAGGCAGACAAUAUUGCAACUGGUCAACAGAGCAAGAUCACUCUGCCUGUUGUGCUUCAGGCAUGUUUACUCAGAAAUAAGUUCAAGAAGUCUUCUCCCAAAUAUGUGCAUUUAGGAUUGCAGCUUUGGGCUACGAGACAAUACAGUGUAUUUGUAAAGUGUGUGUGUUGUGUGUGUGUGUGUGUGUGUGUGUGUGUGUGUGUGUGAGAGAGAGAGAGAGAGAGAGAGAGAGAGAGAGAGAGAAACUGUGAUCUUUUAGAUACAUGGGAAGGUACAAUCACUUUCCUACAACUAAUUCUACAAGUUACUAAAAAUUCAAAACUGUGCCCUAACCACUUAUGUUUAGAACAUUUGUAUAUUUCUUCAGAAAUUUUUUUUCUGUUAAUUGUGGGGGGUUUUGCCACUUAAUCUGGUUUAGUUUUUACAGGGCAGCAUUCAUUCGUGUUAGGGGACUUCUGUGAAUCUGAUCUUUUUGCUGCUUUCCGGAUAAUGUACCACAAAACCGCCAUAUGCUGUUCUUACCUCUAAAAUGGAGGAGAUACAGAAGUCACACAGAUUCUCACAAACAGGUGUGGUUUUCAAAUCAGCAUUUAAAUAACAAGCUAAAAAGGCAUCGUUUGCAGUCUUUACAUUCAUAAGAAAGAUGAGUCUUACGGAAAAUAUUGAGCAUUGAAUAUAAAAAAUGUUAAGCAACUGAGAAUUGUGUUGUCAAAAUCCCGUUACUUACUAGUUAUCAAAUAUGGGGCCUUUCCAUUUCAAUAAAGAAUGUUGUGGGUUAUUUUGUAUAUAUGAGCCAAAACUGUUUAGCAUUAUUAUAUUACUGUAUAUAUGCAGAGAAAAGCAGUCUACUGAUGUAAAAAAGAACAUUUUAAAGAAUUUAUUAAAUUAUUUCCUAAGAUACAGAUUUAUCACCAUUUAAAAAUUAAACUUCUCUGGAUAAUUAAAAGAGUACUGUAUGAGGUUUUAUGUGUACAGAAAGUAGCACACGAGUGCCAUUAUUAACAGUAUUAUUUUGUCAGUGCAAAGAUUAAUAUUUCUGAAAAUGAUUUAUGAUUUGUAGAUCUCCUCUGAAGGGGGAAGACAAUCAUGUCAAAUCAAUAAACAAAUAACACUGUUCA